UUUUGUGGUGCUUUCCUUUCCAAUACCGCUAACCAAACUUGCCACCGGGCGCUAGGCGAGUUAUAAUGCGAAUUUUAGUGAUAUUAUGGCAUCGAACCGCCUGAAAACGUGUGCCAUAUUUGUGUUUAAUAAGUUAUCGUUUGGCAGCAGCUUCCGAGUUGUCAAUUAGUGAAAUUAGACUGCCGGACAAUGCUAUUCAGUUAGCCCGAGGUUGUUGCUAACUGGCUAGGGAAGUUAGCCGGUUAGCUAGCAAUCCGCGGCGUCAGCUCGCUGGAGGCUGAUUUCUUGUUUCGCGCAUUUCAAGCAUGUCCGCCGACCUCUGAAACUGUUUAACGGACAGAUAAACGACAACGUUAGACUGUAGCUUCGCCCAUGUCAAAUACAAAAGAGUAAAACUUUCAUAGUCUGCUUUUAAAAUGGAGAGUCAACAGUGUUUCGCCUAAGCGGUUGCUUUCCGCAAACGCUGCUCUUUUGUUUUGACAAAGGAAGAGGACCUGAGUUUAUUUCUUCUUCUUUUUUAAACAGUUAAACAUCAGGCGGUGGGAUAGUUUCUCUGGCUGUUUUGUUUUGGCAAUGGCUCCACAGAAGCAGAGCUCCUCGGGUGGAAGCCACCCGGUGGGUUUUGGUUCUGGAGGAAAAGCCAACGGGUUAUACCAGUCCUCCUCCUCCUCCUCCUCUUCCUCCUCGGCGAUGGCUGUAGCCAAGAAGCCCAACAUGCAACUCAUUCAAGCCGACCACGAGUUGUUCCUGCAGGCCUUCGAGAAGCCUACCCAAAUCUACAGGUUCCUUCGCACCAGGAACUUGAUCGCUCCUAUAUUCUUGCACAGGACGCUCACCUACAUGUCCCACAGAAACUCAAGGAAUAAUGUCAAAAGGAAAAGUUCCAAGGUUGACAAUCUGUUGUUCAAAGUGGAAAAGAUGCGAGGCGAGCAGGAGACCCACAGCUUGGCCUCCAAUUUGCAGCUCACAUUUACUGGCUUCUUUCAUAAAGCUGGAAAGCCAUCUCAGGACAGUGAGAAUGAGCAGAACUCUGUAUCUCUGGAGGUGCUGCUGGUCAAAGUCUGUCACAAGAAGAGGAAGGAUGUGAGCUGUCCAGUGAAGCAGGUCCCCACAGGGAAGAAGCAGGUUCCUCUGAACCCCGACACCAGCGCCGGAGUCUCGGCCAAGCCGGGCUCCUUCCCCUCACUGCUGGUUCCCAGCAGCGAGUUUGAACCCAGCAACUCUCACAUGGUGAAGUCCUACUCGCUGCUCUUCAGAGUGUCGAGGCCCGGAUACCCCCGGACUCAGGCCAACGGAGAGCACCACAACAACAGAGAAUUUACAGAGGAAGUGGUAAACAGGAAGAGGAGGAGCUCCUGUCUCAGGGAGGAGGGAGAAACCACAUUUGUGGCUCAGAUGACUGUCUUUGAUAAAAACAGGCGUCUGCAAUUGCUAGAUGGGGAGUAUGAAGUGUCUAUGCAAGAGAUGGAGGAGUGUCCCGUGAAUAAGAAGAGGGCAACCUGGGAGACCAUCCUGGACGGCAAGCGUUUGCCUCCGUUUGAGAGUUUCUCUCAGGGUCCCACCCUGCAGUUCACCCUGCGCUGGACCAGCGGCGACUCCGAUCUCUCCACUGCACCCGUUGCUAAACCUUUGGCCACCCGCAACUCUGAGACCAACCAGGAGCCCCGGCCCGGCUCCCUGAGAGCCACACACACUCUGGCUGUCAAAGAAUCCAUAAAUGCCGACGUGCAAACCAGAAGAGAACUGAUCUCAGCUGAGCCCCGGCAGAAGCUACGCAUCUUCUACCAGUUCCAGUACAACAACAACACGCGGCAGCAGACGGAGGCCAGAGACGACCUCCACUGUCCCUGGUGUACCCUCAACUGCAGGAAGCUCUACAGUCUGAUCAAACACCUCAAACUCUCUCACUCCCGCUUCAUCUUCAACUACGCGCACCAUCCUAAAGGAGCAAAGAUCGAGGUCUCAAUCAACGAGUGUUAUGAUGGCUCGUAUGCCGGAAACCCUCAGGACAUCCACAGCCAGCCGGGCUUCGCCUUCAGCAGGAACGGCCCGGUCAAGAGGACCUCCGUCACCCACAUUGUCGUCUGCAGACCCAAGAGGACGAAGCCGAGCCUGUCUGAGUUCCUGGAGCCGGAGGACGGUGACCAGGAGCCGCCCAUCAUCAGCGGACACAACCGCCUCUACUUCCACAGCGACAGCUGCGUGCCGCUGCGGCCUCAGGAGAUGGAGGUGGACAGCGAGGACGAGAGGGACCCCGACUGGCUCAAAGAGAAGACUGCCAAGCAAAUCGAGGACUUCACUGACGUCAACGAGGGGGAGAAGGAGAUCAUGAAGCUGUGGAACCUCCACGUCAUGAAGCACGGCUUCAUAGCGGACAACCAGAUGAACGAGUCCUGCCUGCUGUUUGCCGAUCACCACGGCGUCCACAUCGUCAAGAACAACCUCUGUCGCAACUUCCUGCUGCACCUGAUCAGCAUGCACGACUUCAACCUGGUGAGCACGCAGACCAUUGACCAGGCCAUGGCCCGCCUCCGCCUCCUGCAGAGCCAGGGGGCUCACAGGGACAAAGAAGAGGAGGAGGAGGAGGAAGAGGAGGACUGGGAGACGGCCGUGGAGUCCCAGCCGGAGCUGGACCCAGAUCCCGAUCUCGACCCGUCCGAGUACACGCCCUGCGAUGACGAGGCUGCCAGUGGCGGCGCGGAGAAGGAAAGCCAGCAGCAGGAGGAGGAGGAGGAGGAGGGGGGGGGUGCGGGGGCCGCGGCAGUGGCAGUAAAGCAGAGCGUCGGGCAGACAGUCUCCGGCUCUGGAUCAGUUUUAAACUGAAUUUAAACUCACAUUACAGCAAAGACACCCCCCCCCCCCCCCCCCCCCCCCCCCCCCCCCCAACAGGACAAUAAAUCUAGAAAAACAGGCGAUAGACAAACAGGUGUUAAAACACACACAGGUUACUGCAGGGAUUCCGUUUUCUAGGGCACACACGAUGGACUUCUCUUACAUCGACGAGAUGCUUCAGGGGAGUUUAUCAUUUCAUGACUUGGGGAAAGUUGAAGCUCAGAAUCAACGUUAUUUUUCGUCCUCUACGCCUUGCGUCUGGACAGAUGCAGCGGAUGUGACAGCUGUGUCAGCUACCUGCCCUAACGUCCUCUCCUCUCCUCUCCAACCCGCGUGAGUGUAUCAACGACAAACCUGUGGAGCAAGCGCAGAACAAAUUCAGCCUUCGGCGUGGAUUUGUUAAAACGGUUUUCGAUUCAUUUCUGUGCUCGCUCCGUCGUUAUUGAACAGAAUUCAAAGGGGUCUUUUCCCUUAAACCCCCCCCCUCCUCGGUGUGAAACACCAAUCAGUGACGUUUCUGCCACAAUCGGCUCCACCAAAGUUUUUUUUUUAGUUUUUUUCUACUGAAUGUGUUCAUAUGCACACAAGUGAUCAAGUCUCUAGGUGUCUAGUCAGGUCUCUGGGUGUCUCAAAGUGUCCAGGACUCCUGUCAGUUCUCCGGCUGUCUAAUCUGGUUUCUUAUUAGGUCUUCAGGUCUCUAAUAAGGUCUCGGGGUCUCUGAUCAAAUGUCCAGAUGUCUCAUCUAGUCUCCAUCUCCACAUCCAUCUCUGGCCUUCUCCAUCUGAUCGCCAUAUAUUCUCCAUCAGUACAGUAUAUAUUGAUAUUUAUUAUAUAUAUUUUUUUCUUCUUCUGUUCUCGGGUGGAAUACAGUCCCUCUCCAACAGCCGGGGAUCAGAGUCCUGGAUCAGUUGCAUACUCGCAGUGUGCAGUUUCUACUACUGGUGCUAGAUCUUUGUAUUCCUCUGAAACUCUCCGUGGUCUCGGGUGCUUUCUUACAGCGACCUCCACUGCCAGCACUCACAAACCGCAAGAUGCAUUCUUGCUAAAUAUACACAGUAUAUAUAUUUCCCUCGAACGGACUUGUUGUUUUCCUCCAGUGCUCCUCAUCAUGCAGCUCGGCCCUGCUGAGCCCAGGACAACAGACAGACAGUAAACUGUGUCCCACUUCAUGCUCCGCCUCCUUUUACAAAUCCACAAUUCAAGGCAAAAUUGUUUUGCCGGGUCGGCGAUGGGUGUGUCCUUUGUGUGUAGAUCGUCUAAUUUGGGAAGAAGAUGCAGGUUAAGACCUCCCAAUUUUGGAUUAGUCAAUGGACAGAGAAUGAAUUGUCUCAACAGUUGCUGAUGAGACUUUUGGACGGUUAAUCCAGAUGCUGGUUCCAGUUUUUUGAAUGGGAAGUUGCUGGUGUAGACUUUUUGGACUGUUGUUCACACACAAGGGCUCUGGGAACUGCAGGUCUGCGUUUCCCCUCAAGUUACCAUCUUAAGUUAUUAAUUGACAAAAUAGUGAUGAACAAACCGGCCCCCUUCAGAGGAGGCCGAGCCUGGAACAGCACACAGGUGAAGCCAUCAGCCGGAGCUGAAGCUGAACAUAUUGGCCGUUAUUUUUUUCUGUGUCAUUUCUCAGCUGGUGUGUGGUUUAUUUUUCCUCCUGCCGUUAUGUACAAGACUCUGUGAAACUGUAAUAAAUUAGCUUUGGAAUGUGUUUGGAAGCCUGAACGCCACCCAGGAGGUUUUUGUCAAUUUCUUCUUUUUUUUUUUUUUUUUAGUUGACACACCAAAGGGGAUGGAUUUCCUGCACAUAUCUCCGCUCUUGUUUCUUGUCUCCUGUGAAUCUUUCCUUGCUUUUUCAAAAAAAGGAAAGGGGAAAAAAAAAAAUAGAAUAAAAGAUUCCUGCAACGCCUCUGACCCAAUUUUCACUGCCUUGAAAACAAUCUCAAAGUUACAGUGAGACAGAAAGCCCAAUGUCCAGAUGCUGCUUUCAGGUUCCUGCUCCAUACAGCGCACGUUGUGUGCAGUGUGAGCCGGCAGCUGACAGGACUGGCAUUGAUGCAGGAACUGAUGCAGAGAUAUUGAGGUUUCAUGGGAGUAGUAGGAUGUGUAUUUGUACCUUCUCAUAUCGUGACCCUGAUCUUUUAAAAGAUAUCUGGUUUGCAGUGGGUGUUCAGAGCCAUCUGGACCACAUGUGAUAGUUCUGAGUGACGGAGCACUUUUUGUUUUUGCAUAAAGCCCACUGUAGAGCUUUUCUUUUCUUUCUCUUUUUUUUUUUUUGUUCAUUCACAUGAGACCAGCAGCAUUUUGCACAAGAUGAGUGGAGCCAUGUCAAGAAAACAAGACUUUUCUUCAACAACUAUGUAAAAACCAGCUUGACAUUGUGAACUUUUAAGUUGAGUCAGAAUGGUUUUCUAUUAAAAGAACAAUUUUGUACAAUUAUA